UGCUAAAAUAUAUAUGUUAACAGGGGGUCAGCUCGCAAGGAGUCGGUCACACGCCAUAUGCGGGACUUUUGUCCCUCUGCGAAGACGCUCGGCUUCUCCGAAGCAGUGUAUGGCGCCAUCAAUGCAGAAAAUGCUAUCCACGUCUUACGAACCGCCAAGCAGAAGGCAAGGAGCAAGAGACGAGUGGAGGGGAAGCGCAAAGUUCAGACCCGAGAGGAAGCAAACAGGCCAGCCACGAAUUCUUCGCAAGCCGGCUCGGGCGAAGAUGUGCUCGAGGGGCCUUUCAAUCCUGCCUCUAUUCUCCCCUCAGCAAGUUGCAACACAGCACGCAUUCUCCGAUUGGGAGAUGCGCUUCCAGCUCCUCCGCUUAUGGCUUCCUUCGCUCACAACGCACAGCUUGCCGAUGGUAUGGCGGAGGCAUUCCACAUCGAGAACGGGCCCAUGGACUGGCUCAACCAGGUGCUCUGUCCGCUACCCCACGCGCCGCCCGAGCCCCUUCCUUCAACUCCUCCAUCCAUGGGGUUGGAUUACGUGCCAGGAGUGUCGAUUUAUCCAGAAACUCGCCUCUGGCACGAGACGAAUCCUACGGCCCUUGGCGGCCUCGAUUUGUGGGAGGAAUACUACUCAAGUGGGUUCGGAGCCGCCUGUGGGUCGUCUGUUCCAUCGAAUCUAUGGGACAGUUUGCCGUCGGGGGAAGAACAUAGGGAUUUAUUAAUUCCGUAUAGCUUCUGAAAAAUGUAACACCAGAUCUCUUUGCUUGCUCUCUCCGUGCUCGGUCUCUUAUCUACCUGUUUUCU